AUGGAUAACAAUCCAGUACCACGAUCAUCACCAAAAGACUGGCAAUCCGAGCCUUCGUCUAAGAUGCAUCCUUAUCCAGCAACCGUAUUCGCAAUCGCAAUCAUCCUCGUCGUUGUGUCUCUCUUCAUAUCCAUCAUCCGCCAACUCCUCGAACGACGUCUAUCCAAGCGUCGCGGCUGGUUUCUCGACACCACAUACCCACCACCCUCACCAACAGCAUCAUCAAGCGGCAGCAGCAAAAGAAAGAAAGAGAAAAAGAUUCGACCUAUAUCCGAGUGCGAAAUAGAAUCUCGACAACUUUUGUUUACAAACACUGUUCGUCAAGGGGAGCGAGUCCCACUGCGAAAUCCGAAUGAGCGCGGUUCGCUGUAUGAUACAUUUCAAUUACCAGGCCCACACGCCUCGAAGUUGAAGCCUGCACGGUCAAUGAUGGAGUUGAAUGGAGGGAGUCCACUCGAAGGCAUGGCUGAGAAGGAGGGACAGAAGAAAGCCAAAACGAUUCAUUGGCAUGGAGUUAAUAGACUUAACACGGCGUGGGGGUGGAUGUCAUGA